UAGAUGGAAACAAAACAAACGAUAAACCCGGAAGCUGUGAAAUAGGUUUGUAACAGCAUUUAUACGUACGUGUAUGGCUCUCUGUAUGUUGUCAUGUGCGGUAAAGCCUAACAGAAGUAAGCCUGUAAUUCCGUACACCUAGACGUAUUCUCUAACAGCUCGUCAUGGCAGAAAAAGACGGCAAAGAAAUACCAACUGAAAGCCAAACCGGAACCUCCCAGCCACCGAUUGCUAAACAUGAUUCUUCAGUACUCGAUAUGGCUUUUGUUAUGGACUGUACAGGAAGCAUGUCUUCAUAUAUACACACUGCACGAGAAAACAUUCACAAAAUCGUGGAGACCAUUGUAGCUACGGAGAAGAUUGAUGUUUGUUUGGCAUUGGUCGAGUAUCGUGAUCAUCCUCCCCAGGAGGAUACCUUUGUCACCAGGCCUCACGACUUCACUGGCAAAGUGGGAGAAAUGAAGAACUGGCUGCACGAGUGCUCUGCUUCCGGUGGCGGAGAUGCACCAGAGGCAGUAGCAGACGGUCUUCAUGACCUACUUAAACUCAACUGGCGACCCACGGCCACGAAGAUUGCAAUCCUAAUAUCGGAUGCUCCACCGCAUGGACUAAAAGCAUCAGGUGACGGGUUUCCUAAUGGCUGCCCUGCAGGUCUUGAUCCUCUUCAGAUAGUUCGCCAGCUUGCACAGAAAGGGAUCACACUGUACGUGGUAGGGUGCGAGCCGUCUCUGGUGCCAUACAAAGAGUUCUUCAUGGGACUGGCUUACGCCACUGGCGGCCAGUACGUGCCGCUCGCUGGAGCUCGGGCGCUCACUCAGAUCAUAAUCGGCGGAGCUCAGGAGGAGCUGUCGCUUGAGCAGUGGAUGGAGGAAGUUAAUCGCGAGGUCUUGGCGGAAGCUGGACAAGACGAGCAUUACGACGAAGACAUCCUGGCGUCUAAGGUUUACGAAAAAAUGGCCAGCAAAGGUUACAAAGCAAAGAAACUCACCAGAAAUGCUGUUGGAGUGUCCAACGUCACUGAAAGGGCGAAAGCCUAUUCGAAGAUGAAUGCAAUGUCCGAGGCAUCGUCUGCACUACCACCUGCACCACCUCCGCCACCCAGUUUAGGUGCAAAGGGAAUGGAAUGUUCUUCAAGCGUUGCCGAUGAUGACGUGUAUGAAGCUAUCGAUGAGGCUCUUGAUUUUGGGCAGGUCCAGAGGAUGGUGAAGAAAUCUCUUGCAAGGAAUGCCGAUUAUCUCCCGCCUCCAGUUAGAGGCCCAAAACAUGUGGAGCCAGAUCACAAGUAGGGCCAAUCAACUGGAAUUCAAAAGGAACAGACUUGAUAGAGAAACCAGCAGACACACAGACGGACUGAUGGAUAGACAGACCGUUCUUCGCCAACGUCUGUCACUGUGCAUAUAACGUUACUAGAUAUUAGAAUGAUAGAGAAAACGUUACAAUCCACUGACAUCUAAAUAUGUGGUAUAAACCACGGGAGCAGAGCGAAUAUUAUACUUUUAUACUGUUUUACACUACAGGUGUCGAUCAACCAUUUCACGCGUUGUUACAUGAUCCACUAAAUGUUUAAUCAUGCUUGUCGUGGCAACACCUUCCAGUUUCCCUGGGGAAAGUGCUGAAAAAAUAGAAUAUGUAUAUAUCAUAGUCCAUAGGUCAGGAUACCAAUCAAAACCCAAGUUUUUCCUUUAUCUUAUCGUUAGUUUCUUAACCUGAUUGCUGGACAUCCAUACCUGGUAGAUUUUGUUAGAAAUUUGGUCUUAAAGAAAUGCACUAUAAAAUAAUAUUUUAGCCUUUAUAUAUAAAUUUGCUAACUCUUUUGUGAAUCCAGAUAUUUGGAAACUUCAGGUUUGGAAACGGCAUGUAAUAUGCUAACAGAAACUGAAAAUCUAUUGGUACCACCAUUUGGUACAAAUCGAAAACCAUUUAGAUUGGACUAGAUUGAAUGGUACAUUUUCUUCUAUCACAAUUAUUGAAUAUUGUACUUUGUGGUAUUUGUUAUUAUUUGAACACUGGAAAUGACCCAAUUGUUUUUUUGAACAAACAACACAUUGUUUGUGACAGGCAUUUAUCUAUUUCAUCUAUCAUACCACAUACUGCUGUACCAUACCAUGUUGUACGUUUACUUAUCAUACACAUACCCAUAAUAAUGUUCAUAUCCAUACCAAAUGGCAAUACCCAUACCUAGACUACCCCAGUAUAGGCCUACAGAGAAAAUUACACAUACAUGUAUAUAUUAUUUGUUUUUAUUUCAUAUUUUAUAUUGGGUUCAUCGGAAAUAAUUUUGUUCUAGCAGGAGGAAAAACACUGUAUUGAUAUAAACAGCCGUUUCGUAGGGCAGGGGACACCUCUCACCCAUCCCCCCUACACACACACACACACACACACACACACACACACACUUGAAGACGAACAAUGUUUUUGUUUGUCUUACAAAUAAAGAUAGGAGUCUGGCUUGACCCCCCUUCCCCCACACACUAGUUUAAGAGAUGUGCAUCUUUUUGUGUUGUUUGAGCUAGGCUACUGCAGAUAUUACGACGACUUCUUCGUUCAGCAAAGCGAUCUUAGCGCUAAGAUCACCUUAAGUGCCUAAUGUAGUUUGCUUUUACAAGUGAUCGUAACGCUAAAAUCGCUAUAUGGAAAAUUGUCCAAAUGUAAGUAAUGUGUAAAAUAAUGGCAAAACUUAAAUAGCCGAAUAUAUUUUACAUUGCCUGAUAAUUUGGGUUCGGCGAAUUUAAGAUUACCUGAAGGCAUUUAGUACCAGUCACACCGUGUUGACGAAGCACGCCUUUCAUGGGAUCAAAUUAUAAUAUCACAUACACAAGACUUUCUUUGAUGAACUUUUGUUAUCUAUAUUGUAUUCAUUCUUAUUACUUUAUGUAAAACUGUUUACAUAACCAUUUUUCAAAUAAAGUUCUUAUUAUGUUAUGUAAAACUGUUUACAUAACAUUUUU